AUGCCUAAAGUAAGAGCAGAAAAGAAAACCCGAACACACAAUGAAGUCGCUAAGCAAGGUAUUAUGUUCAACAAGGAUUUUGGCCAGCACAUACUCAAAAACCCCAUGGUUAUAACCUCGAUGGUAGAAAAGUCCGCUGUAAGGCCAACAGACACAGUACUCGAAAUAGGUCCUGGUACUGGUAACAUGACAGUCCGACUUCUAGAGCAAGCCAAAAAAGUAGUAGCAUGCGAAAUCGAUACUCGUCUGGUUGCAGAAUUACAAAAGCGUGUACAAGGCACACAUUUACAGCACAAAUUGCAAAUCGAAGUUGGAGAUGUGCUCAAAAAAGAUUUACCAUUUUUCAAUGUCUGCGUUGCCAAUAUACCAUACCAGAUAUCAUCGCCGUUGGUUUUUAAAUUGUUGUUGCAUCGGCCAUUUUUUAGAUGUGCGGUGCUGAUGUUUCAAAGAGAAUUUGCACAGAGGUUGGUGGCCAAGGCCGGUGAUAAAUUGUACUGUCGACUGUCUGUCAAUACACAACUUUUGGCAAGAGUGGAUAUGUUAAUGAAGGUUGGCAAAAACAACUUUAGGCCACCACCAAAAGUAGAAUCCUCGGUAGUCAGAAUAGAACCAAGAAAUCCUCCACCGCCCAUAGUUUACUCAGAAUGGGAUGGAUUGACUAGGAUAGCAUUUACCAGAAAAAACAAAACGUUGGGCAGUGCUUUUAAGCAAACAUCAGUUUUGGCCCUCAUUGAGAAAAAUUACAAAUUACAUUGUAGUUUACACAAUAAGGAGAUACCUGAAGGUUUCAGUAUCAAAGAAAAAAUAGAGAACAUUUUAACAAAUGCGAGUGCUGCAGAGAAAAGAGCCAGAACGAUGGAUUUAGAUGAUUUUAUGUCGCUAUUACAUGCAUUCAAUAGCGAAGGAAUACAUUUUUCAUAG